UACCUGUUGAACAAGCAAUACAGGUAUCUUGUAUCAAUUGUUUUCAAAAUGUCGUAGUUAAGUUGUUGUAUUAUUCAUUGUGUUCAAUAACGGGCCUAUUUUCUGAAAACCACGAUGAUUUCGAGCGAUUAUCUAUUGGAAUUGUGCAAUGUGUUCUAUUCAGGACAGGUGGAAUCCGGCUCCUGUAUUCAAAGAGUAGCGGGAAGUAUAAAAACUGGAAUUAUUCUCAAGGAUGUCUCUAUGGCAGUGCAUUCUGGAGAAGUUAUGGCAGUAUUGGGGUCAAAAGGAAGCGGUAAGAAGGCUCUACUGGAUGUGAUUUCACGACGAGCUCAAGGACCAGUCAGAGGACAAAUCCUUCUGAACAAUCAUCCAAUGAGUUUAUGCUUAUUUCAACAGAGAUGUGCUUAUGUUACACAUAAAUGCGAUUUCAUUCCUGGUUUGACAGUGGAACAAACGAUAUAUUAUACACCAACAAAAUUUUCUGGUUAUUUGAAACGAUCCAAAGUGAAACAGGUUAUGGCUGAUCUGGCGCUGUCCCAUGUAGCUAACAGAUGCAUAGAAGAUUUGACAAAAAGUGAAUAUAGAAGGCUCAUGAUUGGUGUGCAACUGAUAAAAGACCCAGGUAUGACAUUUUGUAUCAGUAUCAGUAUCAAAACCUCCCAUAAUUCGACCAAAAGUAACUUCCGAAGGUGCUAUCCAGUUAUUGAUGGAAAAACUGCUAUUAUCAGGUUUCGAUAA